UCGCGAUUUGCAGCUCUACUCGUGUGAGUUCGUCGCCUUUCGUUCGACGGGCUGUGCGACGUGUACGGGUGUGUGCGAAAGUAUGAAGUGAAAUCGUACAUAAAAGUGUGUGAAAUGUUUAGUGAUAGUUUUUACUGUGCUGUAAAACCAAAAUGAGUGCGAACGGAUGAUUUUUCGUCUGAAUUUCGAUUAACAAUUUGUACGCUCGCGGAACACGUAACAUUUUGUAUGGUCGGUUUCAAAAUGGCUGUGUUUUGAAGGACCCUUUGUCCGCUUUCGUUUGCAUCUUCAGCAUGAUAGUGGAAUCACACACACAGAAGAUUAUCUUUGAAAGCAGGGAAUGCAUGUCAUGUACCCGGAGCCGACGCAGUAUCGCAAAAGUCAGCCCGAGCCGCCCCGUCACCAGCCGGCACUAUCGCCGGCGCAGUCAGCUAAGAAGCGCCGAGUGCUGAGUCCGCAGACGCGCCGACAACACCCGAACACAUCGGACUACACUUAUUGCAAGGACAAGUGGUGGCCAGAGGUCGGGGCGGGCUGCUGCCCCGCCGUGCCGAGUCGCGCGUGCGAUGCGGAGCGGUCCCCGCCGCCCGCGCCCCCGCCCGCUCACCCUUGCGCGUGCGACAACACUGUGGGAGAUAGCAGCACUUGCCGCUCGGCGGUGGCGGUGGCGGGAGCGGCAGCGGUCGCGGCGGGCGGCGCGCGGCAGCGGGCGGCACACGGCGGCACGACGACGGCGCACAGCAAGCAGCUGGCGGCGGGCGGGGCCAACCACCCGGCCCAGCCGCAAGGUAACAAACGCUCCGGGUGCGGUGGCGAUGGCGACUACCAGCUGGUGCAGCACGAGGUGCUCUACUCCUCGUCGAAUAGGUACGAGGUGUUGGAGUUCCUCGGGCGAGGAACGUUCGGGCAGGUGGUGAAGUGCUGGAAGAAGGGCACCAAUGAAAUUGUCGCCAUCAAGAUCCUCAAGAACCACCCCAGCUAUGCUCGCCAGGGGCAGAUUGAGGUGUCAAUCCUCUCCCGCUUGUCUCAAGAGUCGGCGGACGAGUUCAACUUCGUCCGCGCGUACGAAUGCUUCCAGCAUCGCUCGCACACGUGCCUCGUGUUCGAGAUGCUGGAACAGAACCUGUACGACUUCCUCAAGCAGAACAAGUUCUCGCCGCUGCCGCUCAAGUACAUCCGGCCCAUACUGCAGCAGGUGCUUACUGCCCUGCUCAAACUUAAGCAAUUGGGUCUGAUCCACGCGGACCUGAAGCCCGAGAACAUAAUGCUGGUGGAGCCGGCGCGGCAGCCCUACCGUGUCAAGGUCAUUGACUUCGGCAGCGCGUCCCACGUCAGCAAAGCCGUCUGCAACACCUACCUGCAGAGCAGAUACUACCGCGCACCAGAGAUCAUCUUGGGGCUGGCUUUCUGCGAGGCUAUCGACAUGUGGUCAUUGGGCUGCGUGGUGGCCGAACUGUUCCUGGGCUGGCCACUCUACCCGGGCUCCUCGGAGUACGACCAGAUCCGAUACAUCUCACAGACGCAGGGUCUGCCCACAGAACACAUGCUUAAUAGUGCGUCCAAAACGGCGAAGUUCUUCUACCGUGACGUGGACAGCACAUAUCCGUUCUGGAGGCUCAAAACACCUGAAGAGCACGAACUGGAGACCGGCAUCAAGAGUAAGGAGGCGAGGAAGUACAUCUUCAAUUGCCUCGACGACAUUGGACAAGUGAACGUACCAACGGAUCUUGAAGGAGGCCAACUUUUGGCAGAGAAAGCGGACAGGAGGGAAUUUAUUGACUUAUUGAAGAGAAUGCUCACAAUGGACCAAGAACGAAGGAUAACACCAGGUGAGGCCUUGAACCACGCGUUCGUAACUCUCGCCCAUCUAGUUGACUAUGCACACUGCAACAACGUGAAGGCCUCAGUCCAAAUGAUGGAGGUAUGCCGUCGCAGCGGCAGCGGCGUCGGCGGUGUGGGCGGCGUCGGAGGCGUGGGCGGUGUAGGUGGCGUGGGCGUGGGCGUUGGCGUCGGUGGCGGCGAGUACGUGAGCGGUGUGGUCGCGCCCGCGGCACCAUCCGCCCACCAUUUGGCAUUGACUAUAAACCAGCAGAGGUUGCGGGCAGCGCCUUACGAUAACUUGUACCAGCUGUACAGUGGAGGGCGCGUGGCCGUGGGAGGCGCCCGGCAAUACGCCACAAGAGCGGCGGAGCCUUUUCCGCACCAAUUCGUCUCCUCCAUCCUCUGCCAGCCCGCCUAUCAGGUACAGCAAUUAGCCGCAGCAGCAGCGGCAGCGGCGGCCGCCCACCACCAGCACGGCGUGAGCGGCGUGGGGGUGGGUGGUGUCGGCGUGGGCGUGGGCGUGGGCGACGUGGGAGAGUGGCGCGCGCCGCUCAUAGUCGAGCCUGCGCCGCUACCGGAACCGGACGUGUGGGACUUCCACCCGCACCCACACCACCACCAUCCGCACAAGAGAUCAACUAAACAACAGACGAGUGCUGUGCCGCAUUAUCAGCCGCACCACCAGACGCACCAAUACAGUAUGGCAAGCAGCGGCGGGAAAAAGGAAGCGACAACGCAACUGUCGCCCGUGAAAAAACGUGUCAAAGAGGGCACCCCGCCCUCCAGGCAUCGACAUCACGACCACACGGUGCGCAGCAACGUGCCAGCGGUGGGCGCGGUGGUGGCGGGCGGGUGGGAGGCGGGGUGUGCGAGCGCGGGCGCUGCGCACACCAUCACCAUCCGCGACACACCCUCGCCGGCUGUGUCCGUCAUCACCAUAUCCGACUCCGAUGACGACGCGGAACCCAAACACAACAGAGGUAGCGGCGAGUGCGCGCCUCCCGCUCACAUGACCACCGCCGGCAACGUGGUGGCCAACAACUCGACGGUGGCCACCACCGCCGGCGUCACCGUCAGCAGCAACGGCGGCGUCAUAUGCAGCGCGCGCACGCCUCGCGACGAGCGACACGUAAAGCACGAGCCGCACCACCAGCCCUGCCACCACCACCACACGCAGCAGCACUUGCAGCAGGCGGCGCCGCAGCAGGCCGUGCCGCAGGUCGCGCCGCAGCCGCAGCAGCACGUGCGGCCGGCGCCUGCGCCCGCGCAGACCACGCCGCAGAGCCAGAAGAAGCGGCUGCUUGCGCUCGCGCAGCAGGAGGCGCAGGCAAAGCAAGAGCACCACGACCACGCCGCCGCGAACUACAAUAGCGGUUCAACGGUGCGCCAGACUAACGACUAUCAGUGCAACCAGUACGUGCCGACGCAGCAUAACAAGAGGGAUAGUAGCGGCGGCUGUCGUGAGUACUUGCCCGUGAGCGCGGCCGUGAGCGGCGUGAGCGUGAGCGGCGUAAGCGGUAUGGGCGUGAGCGUGAACGUGGGCCCGCCCGCCGCCCACAAGCACGCCCACGCGUGGCACCCGCACGCGCACCCGCACGCACAUCCGCACGCGCAUCCACACUACAAGAGUACUAGUGGUGUGACGGGCGUCGGCGGGGUGGGUGCCGUGACGAGUGGUGUCAGCGGCGUGACGGGGGUUUCGGGUGGUGGCGUGCUGUCGCCGGGCGGUGUGUCCCCGGGGUACCUCCCGGCUCCAUUAUACGUGCCCACCUACCACUACCACACCGGCGGCGUGAGCGGCGUCGGCGGUGUGGGUGCUCCGCCCCCAGCGCACCACGGCAGCGGCGCGCGCCUGCCCGGCUACCUGCAGCCCUACUCGCCCACCUACCUGGUCCCGCAGCACCACCAGCAACACCUGUGGUACACCGACUGAGUACCGCCACAGCUGCCACCGGCGGACCCAUGGGGCGACGGGUCCCUGCCAGCGGACAGAUCAUGGGCCGAUGGCUGUCUACCGGCAGAUAGAUCGUGGCCGGAUGGCGCUCUAACAGUAGAUAGAUUGUGGGCCCAAGGGUCAUUACCGGAAGCGAGGCCGUCUUUAGCAGCCCGAGGAUUAAUGGGUGAUAUGUCACUAACGCCGCUAGGAGUUAUGGCUGAUGUGACUUUACCGCAGCGAGUAAUGAUGGGUGAAGUGCCAUUGCCACCAUCAAGGCUGUUGGGUGAUAUAUCACUGCACCGUGAAGCAGAUAUAGCAUUUCCGACGCGUGGACAAUUGUUGAAUGUGACAUUACCAGAACAACCAAGUUUAACUAACAAUAGGUCUGUAACAGAAGCAAGACCACUGACUGACGUAUCGUUACCAGGAAGAGGAGUAAUGGGUGAAAGAUCACAGCGAGGAAUGUUGCCUGUAAUUGCACUAACACGGCGUGGUUUGGCCGAUGUGACAUUGCCUAACAUGUCAUUACCACAACAAGUUUCUUUGCCUGAUGUUACAUCACAACGGUCGAUAUUGGCUGAUAUAUCUUCAGCAACUCUGGGAGCAUCGCCCAAUAUCUCAUUUACAACUCGAGCUGCAUUCGCCGAUGCUUCAUUACCGUCGCGAGAAACGUUGGCUGAUAUGUCAUUUACCAGGUUACCAGGACCGUGGAACGAAGUGGCACUGCCUACGACAGGAAACUGGAUGGACAUGUCAUUUCCAUCAAGACCUUUGGCCGAUACGUCAUUACCUCCGGCUGGAUUAUAGUUCUGCGUCACAAACAUUAUCCUGUUCCGCAACCAAGUAAAAUUAUGUAAUUUUAUCUAGAUAUAAGUUGCUAAUAUCCAUCGCAAAAACAAUACAUAUGACAAUUUUGAUAGUGCCCAUCACAAGAUCUGUCUGCUGGUAGUGAGAAUACAAUUUCGAUAAUUAUAUUACGAAAAAACGACAUUGAAAAUAGAAAACAAUCGUUGGGAUGUGAAAAGUGCAUCAAUUUGGAAGUGAAAUAUAGACGUUUCUAGAAUAUAAGAGCACAGGUUUUUUAUGUAACGCACACACUCGCUGUUUUUAUCGACGAGCGGGGCCUUGAUUAUAUGGUUGGAUAUAUAAACCCCGGGGCGUCUGUAAGGACGGACGAGUGGCCCUUUGAGGAACCAAAAUCGACCGUUUCUAUUCACACUGCAAUUUUUUUAUUCAAAACUGUGGCUAGUGUGUUAUGCUCGCGUGUUUAAUACGCAGUUCCUUGUGUGUAACUGUUGCUCGUAUGACUCUUGUAGGGGUGAACAGACCGAGCGGUAAACUGCGAGAGCAUCCCCGAGCACUUCCCCACGGAAUAUUAUCCAUGUAGAGUUGUAAAUAGAUAGAAAACAAUUCUACGUAUAGUACUAUAUAAAUAUUAGUUUGACGCUCGGUCUGAGUUGAUCGCAUGUUACGAAACGAGCAACAAACAAAUUUCCAGGAUCCUUAUAACAUAUAUAAGACAACCAUAAUUUGCGUCGCCAAAAUUCGACCACGGAUGUAACAUUCUAACCAUGACUCAUUCUUGUCCACAAUUUGUGGCAUACAAAUUGAAUAAGUAAGUGUCAAAAGUUAAGUCACAAAAUGUAUUUCCUGCAUUCAAUGUUAUAGGAAUUAGGUGUUGUAUUGUAAAAUAUGGGGAUGCACAGUUAAUGUUGUGUUAAAUAGGUUAUAAAGAUAGAAAAUUAGGGCAUAUAUUCGGUGGCGUGAAUUUUUGAGGAUGGCUGCUUAGUGGCAAUCUUGGUCAAAAUUAUAGGUAAUAAUAAUUAUAAUAAAUCCUAUACUUUAAUAGAUGAAGAAAAAAAAAAACUUAUAGUAGGCAGUGCUUUUUGCAUAUAUUGUUUGCACGUCACUGCUUAUACUACAGCUCGGUUUGGCAUAUGCGAUCAACGUUAAAUGUUGAACAAUUUCUGUACAAAUUAGAUGUGAAUUUAGUUUUCGCGUGCACGCGAGUCGCGAGUUUUAAUUCGUGUUAGUAUUUCAGAGUGGUUUUUUCUUAAAUUAAUGAAUCAUUUAUAAUAUAUUUGGUGUAGCGAACGGACAUGCUCGCAUUCUAAUUUCUAUAAUAGGUUUAAUCAUGCAUUAAUAUGUUUUAAUUUUUAAUUAAUUGAACCGAGUGUUUAUUUUCACAUUAAUUAAUCGUAUACGCGAAGUAUGCUCUAGGUGUAAUAAAUAAUAAAUAUAUUAACGAAAACUUUAUUUUACAUGUAUAAAUAUUGAUUGUAAAUUUAAUUACUAAGAUAAUUUGGCGAGAAAGCUAAGCAAGUAGGAGAGUUGCAUUUACUAAUGUUUUAUUCGUAGACUAGAGUUUCUACCAAAUCGAUAAAAUGGGAGUUUUAAUAUUAGGCGGCGCGUGUUGAGUCGAUUGUACUGAAGCGUAAACCCUGGGGAGCGCGGUGUGUAUAAUUUUGUAGGUUUUGUUUUAGUUUUUACGUGACGGUGAUUUUGUCAAUUAAAUUUGUUUAUUUCUAAUAGUGUAGAGGUAUGAGAAUAACUAAGUAUAGGAAAGAGUCUCUUCGUGAAAUGUACCCUCUUAGACGCCGUGGUGUGUCUUACGAGGGUUGUAAGACCCGAGUUUUUCCUGAUUCGGGUAAACUUGGGAAUUACUGAUUUCUAAAUUAGCUCCGGUCUAGCCUGGUUAAAUAUCUACAGCGUGACGAGAAAUCUGUCACGUGUUUAUCUAAUAUCCUGCCUUAUAAGUAUUUCACGAUUCCAGCUUAGAAUUAAUCUUCAAGUUACUAUCAAGUGUUACUAACCUUAACAUAUAUUUACUUCAGACCUGCUGCCUACAGGUCAGGUUUGGUACCAAUUUAAUAUAUUAAAGUAAUCUAAUACAGCAGUGCAAGAGUUUUCGUUAGAUUGAUUUACUUUAAACACAUACCUCAUGGCAGUUUUAUAAAAUUAAAUAAAAAACACAUCAAAUGGAUUCGAUUCAUUUAUUAACUAUACUGAUUUAUAUAAAGGAAUGUUUAAAACGUGUAGAUGUAGGCACAAGACCCAGACUUGAGUUUUCGUUGAGCAAACGAAAUUCUUGUCUAUUACAUUGACCUUGAGAGAUUCUCUUAUAUACUCGUAUGUUAUUCUUAUAGUAGAAGUUCGCUUUAGGUAUGAGAUUUAUCGAUGUUUUUUAUGUUACGUUCCAUAUCAUGUAGUCGGUAGUCUGUUGUAAUCACACAAACAAAAAAGAAUACGCUGUGUUUAUAUUAUUACCUAUUUAAUCGUAUUAACUGGAGUUUGUAGAUAUAAUUAAACGUGUAGGUUGCGGUGGCGGACUUGUAUAGAUUGUAGAUUCAAUAUUAUACGAAAUAAAAAAAAUAUGGUUAUAUAAGAGUUUUAUAAAAUAUAUAGUACUGAAAUAAACAAAUAGGUUUAUGGAAAUAUAAUAUUGUGUGUAAUAAUGAAUGUAUAUUCACGUUAGAUAGAGCGAAAUUGUUAAAUAGUUGUUCUUUACUCGAUGAAGUUUAAAUGCAAUUUACUUUAUGACUGCAAUUUUAGUUAUGUUUAAGUGACUGUUCGUAGUGACUGCAAUAUUAUCCAAUGUCACACUAGUGUCUAAAUCAAAUUGUCAGGUGUGUCUAUGCAAUUAUUUUCUGUCGCUGUAACUGACUCACUGUGUAUAGUAAUUUCUGUGCCUUUACAGUGCACUAACGCAAAUGAGAUAUCGAUUCAAAGGGAAUUGGAUCUGCAACAUCAAUGGUUAAAAGAACGAAAAGGCUUAACCUAAGGUGUGUCUAUGCUAAAAUUGUUGCGAAAAAACACUAGUGUGUAUUCAUAAUGCACUAGUGACAACGAUCGCGAUAUAUUUUCUAAGACACACACCUGGGAGCUACUUACAGUAGACGCUAAUGUUACUUCAUAUGUUUGAAUUUUCCGCUUGUCACUAAUUGUUUAGUAACACGCGUUGAACGCUUAUAUAUUUUUCUAGAGAAAUAUAUUACGCUGUGUAUAGACGCCUUUGUGUUUGUUCACAGUGAUCUAGCAACAGACAGCGCUAUUUUUUACAUAGACACACUUGCGACUUGUAGACACUAUUGUGCUACUAAAUAUGUAUAAUAUUGCCACGUUUAACUGUGAACAGACAGUAAUUGUUUAGUGACACGGACAUUGAACGCUGGUUAUAUGUUUGCCUAGAUAAAUAUAAAAUAAUUUGUUCUACGCCUAGGUAUUCCCAUUAUGUAAAUAUAACAGGUCCACUUUUAAUUAUUUCGUUUUAAUGUUUUUUUGUUUUGAAAUUUAAUUUGUGAUUUAUUAUGCGAUUUUUAUCCAUAGUUAUAUUUUGUAUAUGUAAGUGUACAAGUAAUUAUUUCUACUACGGGUACAGUCGGUGUCAGGUUUACCUUCCAAUUAACUGAAAUGUAAUUCAACCACUUAGUUUUUUUUAGAAAGCAUGUAGAAAAGUAUUUUUCAUAAUAAUUUCCCUAUACAUUCAUUCCCUUAAUGACACUUACUAAUAUACUGCUCUUUUUCGUAUUUUUGCCUAAAGCCAAACAUUUAAAUUGAACAAAAACUAAUUUGAUUUAAUCUGACUGUACAUGAUAUCAUUAUUUCAUCUUUCUAUACCUAUUAAAAUAUUUUAUUACCUUAUUGUAAGUAAAAAAAAACCCAUGAGAAAAAAAUGGUACUUUUUCUUGGCAUUCACAUAGUAAAUAUAACAACCAUUUUGUUGACUUACAUUUUUGUUUUCCGAAGCAUUCCGAAGCCUAUUGUACAAGUAAAUAAGAUUCGCUCGCUCGCGGUGUUAUGUCGAUUUAAUAGAUUUGCUUAUUAGUUUAAGAGUUCUUAAUCGCAUUAUUUGGAUUUAAAAUAUUCGAUCAUUUAUAUCAUGUCGAGGUAUUUAGGCCCAAUCCAGACUAUGUUUAUGAUCUUGGACGUCCUAAUUCGCUAUGACAUCAAAUCGCACGUAUGGCAAACGUGAACACGCGCGAAACAGUUAUUUUACGGAAGUAAAAUCAAGUUGCUAAAGUUAAAAUUUCGGACUUGCACCUUAACGUUUCGUUUUGUGCUAACCAUUUGAAGAACGUGCGUGAAGUCAUGACGUUAGAACUUCGUCUAGCCCCUUUAUAUUGUGACGACUGUACUUUGGGUUGUUCCUUGUAAUGAUUCUCCAAAGGAAAAAAAUAUCCAAACAAAAGUUAACUUUUUCCUUUAAAUGACAACAAUAAUAAUGUCACUAUUUUAAGUUUUAAUGUGUUUAGUACACUAGCUUUGAUGCCUGACAAUUAAUUAUUUUUUUAGUAUAGUUUCAUUCGUUUGUAGAUUGUUUUUUUCGUAGUUUUAACGUUUUACUGUUUACGUUUUUAGUUUCACGAGCAUUGUGUUAUGUAUUAGUGAAUUACCGUCGUAAAAUUAACGAUAGUUUCUCUUCUGCCUAAAUGAAUCACUCAUGUAUGUUACAGUUUCAAUUUUCAUUUCGGACCAAUCAAAUGACAGUAAAUUGUAAAGCUGACCAAUGAGCUGAUUAAAGAUAAAUCUAACAUUGCAAGUAAAAACGAUCCUUGCUGCAAUGCAGUAAAGCGCAGUUUAGCUCGUGCGGAUUUAUAAUAAGCAAGCUAGUUAUAUAAAAUUGGCUACCGAACAAAUCUUAAUAUUUUUCUCAUCUAACCCACUAGAGUUCUGUAAAAACAGAACCCAGAACAUAGUGCAAAACAGUUGUAUAAAGACAACUAAAUUAUUAUUUAUAUUUUAUUAUCUUUUAUUUAUAUAAAUAAAGUAAAUGAUAGUAAGUAUCAAAGAAAGAGGAGUUCUGAGCCCUCAGCCCGAGUUUUCGUACCUAAACACGAUAUUCAUAAACAAUAUAUCUGUAUACACGGUCAGCCCUUGGUUUUCAAAGCAUACACUGGCAUUAUUAUCUAUACAUUUUUCGUUAUUUUCGUAGGUAAUUUUAUCCUAAUCUAAUCCUAAUCUAAUACAAUGCUCAGGGUCAUAUUUGGGAUUACGGGAUGCAUCUUUUAUAACCAAAACCUUUUAUUUCAUUUGAUUUGAAUAUUCAGUAAACAGUAUACACUUCAUACUCAAUAGUUUAAGGAUACGCUUGCGCAAUCAAGACCGAAAGGUAGUCCUAUAAACUCUUACCUUAUUAAAACCUCAUUGAUUUAUGGCACAACACAGUUAUUGUACAAUAAUGACUUAAUAGAGACCCUUGCUUGCGUCCUUGUAACGACCGGCAUUUUUUUAAAAGUGUCUAGUGCUGAAAAUUGUACUCAGUUGGUACAGAAACUCGCAAUAAAACCAAAAAUUUAAUUGAAAGUACCUAUUAACUAAAUCAAUUUAAAUAUUUAACAAUGCAAUACAUUAAGUAUAAACGAAAUAUUGUUUAUAAUUUCGGGCAAUAAAAAUUGAGUCACGAUAAAUUUAAUGACGUAGAACGUCCAAGUGAUUUUUUUUCUUUUAAAAAAUAAGUUUUAGUUAACAUAAGUAUCACAUACUUUAAAAUAAUAUUUAUUAUAUAAUACAGUCGGGUAAAUAAUUCUAAGAAGAUGCAUCCCAUAAUAAUGUGACGCGAACAAGAAUUACUGUAUUUAGUAGCGAGAUUCCUCUUAGAAGAGUUUAGUCAUUGAUCUCUCAAUAUUAUAAUACCUAUUACUCAUACUCUGCUCCUCCACACCUUGGCGUGAUUCGCUUAUUCUUUAUUUUUUCUCAUUGCGAAAUACUAUAUUUGACUAGACGAUUUUUUUUAAAUUUGCAAUGAGGUUAAUACACAGGGUUAAAUAAAAGAUACUAGAAAGCUCUCGGCUUUGUAGUUCCUAUAAUUAGAACUAACAAAUUGUGUUCAGACUUUUCAAAAUCUAUUAUUAAUUAAUUUCAUAAAAAAAAAAUUAUAAAUCAUGUUAUUUGUGUAGAGUAACAUUACGAUGGCGGAAUCGGGUUAGUGACCGCUAUAGAGUCUUGGUUCGCGCUGCUGCCGAUGUUACAUUACAGAGUAGUGACAAGUAGAGUAAGUAUGAAAAAAAAUUGAAUAUUUAUUUAUUCCAUACACAAUUGUUCUAAAAACAGGGUAGAAAUAAAUUUGUAUUUUGUAUUUAACCCUGUGUUUAAAAAGUUAUAUAAAAAAAUAAAUAAUAAUUUUAGUUAUAUAAAUUACUACCUGCUUUAAUCUCUCGGAGGAAAGAAAACCUGUACCCAACUAAAAAAUAAUUUUUCGCAGUAUAUAAUAACAACGUAUCUAAUAUUUGGUUUAUUUGAUAACUUUUGUUUAUCAAGCAAUCCACACUUUUUUAUCAUUAUUUUUACAGUAGGUUUUGAACUGUCAAAGUCAAAUAUCUUAUUUCGCUUAAUUUUUAUAUAAUUAGUAGCAGUUUCACUUUGGAUUUUUAUAUGGGGUUUAUUUUUAAGCGCAAUAACAUAAAAGGAAUGUUAACGUAAUAUAAUGUUUUUUUUUUCUUUCUUUCCUAGUUGUUAAGGAUUAGAAGAUAUUGGUUGUUUAAUACGUGUUUCUAUUUCAUGACUGCCUUACUGUUAUAUGCCUUACCUAAUAUUGCAUAAGUUAUCAAACGGGGGGGUUGCUUACUGAGUGCCACGUGUGAGAUAUUCUACCUACGUUUGCUUAUUCGAUCCAGCGGAAGGUAUCGAAUGAGCGCCAUUUUGUUAUAAUACGGACCGGUGCUGUCAGUAGAUGCCACUUUUCUAUAACAUAUUAAUCGUAACUAACUUUGACUCGAUAAGUAUAUCACACUUGGCACUCUGAUGUCCUGGUAUUUUCGCAAACCGUCUUAUAUAGUAAAUUAAUUAAAAAUACCUUGUUCAUUAUACUGUUUAAGUGUUGUUAGAAUCGCAAUAUACCAAGUUACGGAUUCUAUUAACGAUACAAAUCAAUUAUAGGUAAAUUUGGAUUCGAUCGUUAUACGAAUUCUAAUAUUCAAUAGUCAACACAUUAUUUCUGACAGGUUUGUGAAUCUCUGUCAAAAAAUAAUUCUUAGUCUUAAAAAAAAUUGUAUUAAUGAACCGGAUAUAACAAAAAAGCUACAUGUCCCUAUUUUCUGUGAUUUUAUUCGAUCUUUUUAUAAAAAAAACAAUACUGAUUGUAAAUUUGGGUUGUUGCAAUAAAUUUUUUGAAAAAAUGCGUACAGCAGAAAUCAACUACACGAGCCUCUGUACAUGACGACAUUCAACGCGAUGCAGUGAUUUAUUUAACAGUAAAUUAUUUAUUUUCUUUAUUAUUUGAAAAUACUAUAUAAUGUUACUUAUUUUUUGUUUAUACCAACUCUUCAAUCAGCAGAAGAUCACUUUAAUUUAAGGUUUCACGCCCCUCUGUUUCACUAAUUUCAAAAAACAAAAUUAAAUGCUAACUUUAUUUAAGCCUCACAAGUUUAACCUUUGGGCUGUCUCUGAGUCAGUAAGUUAGUUAUACGAAAUAACGUGACACUUUAUUGUGUAUGUAACUGGUCGUUUCUGGAACUUACACUGUGUUGUUUUAUUAACUUCAACUUUGUAUCUAUAGUGUAAUUUAAAGUGUGCAAUUAAGUUUUACAACAAAACUUAUUUUAGACAACUCGCGAACAAGUCGUCAUGUCCAAAGCCUCUACAAUGCCCCGAUGUAUGUAUAUUUAGUUUUAGUUGUUUUAAUAAGUUUCACCCUACCCUCUCACCCCUCACCUCAUUGAUGUUAAACGUUGAUAAUUAUUGUAAGGGUACUUGACAAUGUUAAUUUUUUUUAUUAUUUAGUAAACCCAAAAUCUCUCCAUGAUUAUAGAAGUUAUAGUUAGAAAUUUUAAAAGAAUACGUAUUUUUGCUUCUACUCGUACCUAAAGUAAAAUAACGGGACUAAAAACUGGCUUAAUUAUUCACUAUACUGUAUUAACAUUGUGAGGAUUGCAUUAUUUUUAGUCUAGAUAUUUUUUUUUUAGUUAUUAUAUUGUCAUUUGAAGUAACUAUUUCCUAAAUCGUACAAAGAUUAUGGCGUAAACAGAACGGACGUCUUUAAUCAUUAUUGACGUUUCUGCCUAAUAUUAUCAAAACUAUAAAGCUUUAUUCUCAGUUAUUAUUAUGUUGUAGGUACAUUAGAAAAUGUAUUGCCUUUUUUCUUGCAAAUAAUUCAUGAUUAGCCAAGUACCCGAUUAUGUUAUAGCGACCGAUGUAAUGUACAAAUACCUAUCGCUAUCAGUAAGUUGUAUAAUUAUUCUCAAUGUAUAUUCAAACGCUAGGUUUUCUUAUUAUUGAUAGUUUAAGUUUGUUUAUCACAUCCCCGAACGCACAUUUGGGUUAUAGUUAUUAUCGAUUUCCACUGUGAUUGUAUGAAACUACUAUAUAAUUUUGCGCCGGUGAAACUGUUAUAGGCUUACGUUUUCUUUAUGAUUUCUUGUAAUUUGUAUCUGUACGUACUUCUGUACAAGCUGAAAGCUAAUUAUAUACAAUAAUGGGUAUUUUUAUGUUUUAGUUUAGUUUAUAGGCGCUUGUGUUCGCAAGCGGUUGGAACCAUUAACAUAAUAUUUGGUGAUCAGGGGAUUAAUAGCACUGAUAUGUUGCUUAAGGUUUUUUUUUUCUUCAUUUAUAAUCACAUAGUUAUUAUGAGAGAAUUGUAAAUAAACAUCCAGAUACCCCUUUU